CAAACAAUGAUUUUUUUUUGUUAUUUCACCCAUUGCAGUGAUGCUUGGUUAUAUAAAAAUUUAAAAAUAUGAAUAUUCUUUUAAUGUGAUACAUGUUUCCUAGUAACUGCAACACCUCAAAUUAAAUAACAAAUUGAUAUAGCAAUGAAAGAGAUUGUGUUUAUUCAAUAUUUCCCCAUAGUUUUUUGCUAUAGCGAAAAUUAAGGAUAACUCUGCAAUGAUUGGGUGUAUCUAAAAUUGUUUCAGACAAAAUUUUUUGAUAACGUUUAUAAGAUUUACAAACAGUUAGAACAUAUUCGAUGGUGUGCCUACUAAGGGAGCAAUGAUUUUUUUUUGUCAAUUCCUGUUUAACCCCUGCAAAAAUGGUUCGUCUAAUCAAAAAUUGUUUCCGACAAAAGAUUUAGUUAAAAAAUUACAAGGUUUUUGAAGAAUUAUAACGGAUUCGAUAGUAUGCAUAAUAAGAGAGUUACGAUUUUUUUGGUCCGAAACACUUAAAUUUUUACACCCCUUGCAGUUAUGGUUGGUCGUAUCAAAAACUUAUUCAGACAAAAGUUCUUCCUAUUUUUUCCUUUAAGCUUUAUGUUCACACGGAUGCGAUAUGCAUCAUAUUAUGGAAGUUGUUGCGAUUUUUCUGUUAAAAAAAACCUUCCCCAUUUCUACCCCUAUGGACUGAUUUUGUCCAUUGACGAACUCGAUCGAGAUUUUCCAUUACUUGAUUUUAUGUAUCAGUUUGGAAUUGAUGUGCGAAAAAUUACGGCAGUUAUCGUGUUCAUAAAAUUGUGAUAUAUAUAUAUAUACAUACAUAUACAUAUAACUUUAGAACUGAUGAUGGUUAUGGGUUUCUUGGACUAUGAAACGUAAAACUACAUAAAAUCUUUCAGGAAGUCGCACCGCUGCGCUGGUACGUUGAAAAUUCUAUAUUUUUUUUAAUGAUUUUUCCUUACGUAUUUGAAAUUUUCUAAAGAAAGUAAUGUAAGGAAUAAGAAUUAGAUACAAAAUGCACGUUUUAUAUGCCAUAAAAAAACAUUGGUGUGCUAAAACAAAAUGAAUGCAAACAAAACAAAUAUCGUAGCAGGACUGUAUUUGAUACGGGGGAGUUUAGACUAGGAAAUCAAAUUUGUAUAAAUGAGUGCAUACGUAUUAGUCCGCGGCAAUUAUUAUAUAGUUAUCGAUGGUUUUCAUGCAUUCUACGCGGCACAAACAUAUUAUGAAUUUUUAAACUUAAGUACUUACUUAAAAAUUCCAUUUGAGUUGUAACUGUUCGUUCUAACCUGGGAAAUACAACCUAAAUGACAAGACAAAUCAUAUUACAUGUCGUACAUCGUUCCAUUAAGUCAAAGUUUAUAGUAUAUUCCUAUAACAAAUGCGUAUAUAAAAUACAGUAUAUAAUGCACUAAAAACAAGCAGGCCAUUUAGAAAAAUUUUAUUUUCUGUUGACAGUUUACGUGCACAAAAACAUAACAUUUAAUCGUCUCUGGCACGUUAUGAGAUUAAGUUUAUUUUAGAUACUUCCUCUUUCGAAAAAAACAAACAAACAAUUUCGUCACAUACUGUUUUUUUCUUCUGAUUCCAGCAAUCCUUCAACUCAUUGUCUUACAGAAUACCAACAUUUCAUUACAAGUUUUUCGCUGAAAUGGCCCAUUAUUAAAUUAAAUCUUGACUAAUUUUAUUAAAAAAAUAUUUAACCAUAAUCACGAUGAUAUCCGUGUAUGUAAACAGUUACGUAACACUACAAAUGUGAAAAUGUACCCACACACAAACGAAAUUUCGUUUUGUAGCAUAAAGAUUAAUACAGUAGAUAAAUAUUUUUCAAGUUUAGUUUUGUAAUAUUUACUUUUUAUUUCCGAAGGUACAACUACUGUUUGCAAAAAUAAUGAAAAAAAAUUAAGUACUAUUAAAGAGCAUCUACAGGUUUAAAAUUUGCCAAAUGUAAUACUAUAUGAAUUCUGAGCAACAUAUUAAGUUAUUGACAACAUCUUUUAUAGUUACGUAAAAUUCAGUAACAUGCUAAAGGUGGUUCAGAAUAGAAUUCAAAAUUCCAAAGACAGUUUAAGCAUUUUUAAAUACAAAUGCGUAAUUAAUCACAUAAAAAACAUGUUAGACAUUUUACCGUGCCACCUAUUGGUCGAAACUUAUGCUAUAAUGUGUAGUAAAUAAAUCAAAAUUUCCGCAAAAAUUGCUAUAAGUGCACCCAGAAAAAACCUUAAACAAUUCGAGAGUAAAAUCAACAAACAAAAACCACUUAACUCAGAAAUAUUUUAAAAAAUAUUACAGAUGAAAAUAGACAACAGAGAGAUUAAUGAUUAAUGGACUAAAUCUAGGCAAACAGCAGAUGAAUCACAAAAAAAAGAAGGGGGGGGGGACAGGCUAUUUUUAAUUAAAUAGUUUCCUUUAAAUAAAUUUUUAAUAAAUCUUAAACUAGCAAACUUAAUGAAUAUUAAAGCAAAGGCAAAUUAAAAUUCUUUAACUACUCUAAUGAAUUAUAUUAUUUCACUUAGGCUUGCAACAUUAGCGAGAAAAAAGAAGAAGCUGGGGUUGACACAGAACCCUCUGCCUGCUGGUGAUGGUCCUGCAACACCAACCUUGCCAGAGAGCCCAGGCGGUGAAAGUUCGGUCCCCACAGUGCCAGAUGUAACCACCAUGGCGUCUUCAGUGGCGGCGUGUACAUCACGCAACACUGAUGACAGUACACAUACUCUGUCCGAUGACUAUCAAGGGAAUGAUGACCUUCCUCCGCUGAUAGUGGUUUACGAGCCUCCAUUGCCACAGACAGAUCCGGGACUCAGUAUGUUAGAGGGUCGAAUGAUGGUUGACGUUCGUCACUUCAUGGUGCAAUGCCGUCUUCUGGAGAGACACAGGUGUCCCAUUUCAUCUUCAGGAACAUAUUUUCUGGAAAGUGUCAACAGGUACGGUCUGCUGACAAAUUUUAAAUUUAAGUGCACUCACUGCAAUCAAGAGCAGCAGUUCAAAUCUGAGCCUGUGGAAUGCCUUCCAGUGGGAAGAAAAAGAAAAUGCAAAAUCGAUACCAACUUAGAUAUCAACGAUAAGAUUGUUUGGGGCGCAAUUUCGGUUGGUCUAGGCUACGGACCAUUGUAUGAACUAUUGUCACUAAUUGAUAUGCAUCCUAUGAGCCCGGGUUGCUUUUCUUAUCACGAGAACAGAAUCGGAGAGCACUGGAAGGCAAUGUUGCAGAAGGAAAUGGAAGAUGCUGCACUGGAAGAGUUCUCUAUGGCGAAAGAUGAUGGACGCAUCUGUAUGGUUGGAAAUGAGGAAUAUGCUUGGACCAUAGGAAUUUUGGAUGGAGGUUGGAGCCAAAGAUCCUAUGGUCAUAGGUAUUCUGCUAAGUCUGGAUGUGCUAUAAUAAUUGGCUUCUACACUAAGAAAUUGUUAUUCCUUGGUGUGAGAAACAAAUAUUGUACCGCAUGCAUUCGGAGCGAACGGAUGGAAAAGGAACCCACGCCUCACCUGUGUUUCCGGAACUGGACUGAUUCUUCCACUGCAAUGGAGGCAGACAUUAUAGUGGAAGGUUUCCGGUUCUGUGAAGCCAAGUACAAACUUCAAUUUAAGAAGUUUGUUGGUGAUGGGGAUUCAAGUGUGCAUGCAGCCAUAGUUGCAAAUGUUUCGUACGGAAGAGAUGUUGAAAAGAUUGAAUGUGCUAACCAUGUCGUGAAGAAUCUCAAAAAGAAUCUUUAUGCCAUAGCCAAGGGCAUCCAUAUGCGGCAUCUCAGCCAGUCGAAAAUCAAAGCCCUCUGUCGCUGUGCAAGAGGUUGUAUCAGCAACUGUGGGGGUGAUGCUAUGCUACUUCAAUCAACACUUCUAAAUGUGCCCAACCAUGUGUUUGGAGACCAUAAGUUAUGCAAUUUAGAUGUGUGUGAGAGAGCUGGUAAAACAGCAAAUCCCUGCAGUUAUGACGCAUUGCCUCGUGAAUUGAUUGUGGGAAUCAAACAAGCUUUUGACCGAGUGAGAGCAAAGUCACAAGCACUUGUAAUGGAUCUCACAACCAACCAAGCAGAAAUGUACAUGUCAUUAGUUGCAAGGAUGGCUGGCGGUAAGCAGAUAAACCGUUCACAGCAGGGGUCUUACAGCCGUAGGGCUACUGCUGCUGGUUUGUCUUUCCAACUUCGCUACAAAUGGCAUGGACAAACUAUGAAGGCGAUCACAGGUCACAGCCCUGGAGUGACUGUGAAGCGAUUAAUGGCAAAAAGACAGAAACAGCAGGCGAACUGUAGGCGAAGGUUGGAUAUGAAUCCGCAUGUACCACGGAAAUCGGAAUCAUUUAAACCACAGGGUGAUAAGAGCUAUGGUCCUCAUGCAACUCAGCCUCCAGCUUCUGGUCUUGAACUAGAAAUUCUGACUGAGUCUGUGAUGAGAAGCAUAGAGCUUACAGUGCAAGAAAGGAAUGAUCUGGAGGUGCAGACACGAGAUCAAGGAAGCAGUCAGUUGUGGAUGAAGGAGCGGAGAAAACGAGUCACUGCUUCCUUUUUCGGACGUGUCUGUAAAAUGAGGGAAAAUACUUCGUGUAAAGUGACAGUGGAAGCGAUUGUGUACAGUCGUGUAUUGGAGAAUGCUGCCACAAUACAUGGUCUAGCAAACGAGCGCAUAGCUGUCGCUUUAUACGAAGAACAAACAGGCCAUACUGUUAAACAAUGUGGUCUCUUCGUUGACCUUCAGCAUUGCUUUCUUGCAGCUUCUCCUGAUGGUUUAGUUGAUGAAGAUGGUUUGGUGGAGGUGAAAUGUCCAUACUCUGCAAGGGAACUUAACCCUUUAGAUGCAGCAAUGCAGCUGAAAACGUUCUUUUGCAGAGUUGUCGACGGCGAGCUUUGCUUGAAUCGCUCUCACAAUUACUACUAUCAAGUGCAAGGGCAAUUACACAUCACACGAAGAAAGUGGUGUGAUUUUGUCGUUUGGACAACGAAAGGCAUUUCAAUAGAAAGAAUUGUGAGAGAUGAUUGUUUCUGGCUUGAGAAAAUGGAGUCAAAAUUGUUGCGAUUUUUUAACAACUGCUUGUUGCCAGAGCUUGCUGAUCCAUGUCGUCCCAGGGGACAACCGAUUCGUGAGCCAGAAUAUAUUAUACAGGCACAAGAAAGUCGUUCAAAGAAACGCAAAAUUUCAGAUGUGUGAAUUUUGAGAGACAGAAAUUGUGUGGCUGACGAGAACUCUUUUUUUUAAUUUGAUACAGUGAUGCUUUAUAUCUGAUAAAAAAAUUCUAAUUAUUGUUUACUUCUCAUGCUUGUACAAAUUGAACAGUACUGUAAAUGUAUUUGAUGACAUAAGCAAUAGUAAGUUAUUAGCUGAUAUUGAAUACAAACAUUUUUUUUUCAUGACUACAAAAAAUAAGGUUCUCUGGUUGGCGAGUGAUUAUUUUAUACUAAUGUCAAAAAGAUGUUAUCGGGAAAAAAUAAAUGAAGUUAUUUUAUACCACUGAUUCACUACCCAUAAAAUCAAACUGUAACGUCUUUGCAACUAGUAUCUCAUACAAUAAAUAUAUAACAUAUUCGUGCUUCAUUUUGUAUAAAAAUAAAACACAUAUAUAAUAUCGGGAGACAGCCUUGAAAAUCGUGCAUAUCACCAACAUGGCCAAUCAGACUCACAGUCAUGUUUACGAUAGCAAGACAGCUAGCAAACCAGUUCAGUUUAUAUGCAGUUUAACUGAAAAAUUUAUUCAAUAUUUUCGGGGUGGUUUUACGCUCAAAAUUAAUACAAAACCAAAUCAGCAAUCCUUGUAUUAUCAUUUAUAAUACUACAAAAUAUCUUCCAUUUCCUUCGAAUUGUAUUGAGCACUAAAAUAUUGAUUUACUUUUGGCCCAGAUUUUAUUCGACGAUACUCUGUAGAGUUUAGCUUGUUUGCAUUCUUUAUUUAUUAGGUUUAAAUCAUGGCCAAAUUUAUUGAAGUGUAACACAAAUUAUAUAUUUGUGUGUGCCUGGUUAGGAAUUUGUAUGAUGUACUUACUAGAAAAACUAUGUCAUAUCAGUGUAAUAGUUGUACCCUUACAAGCGUUGAAUAUUUAUGAAACAUUUUAUUUCUUUUGUUUUUAAAGCCGCAGACUUGUAUUUUAUUUAUUGCAUUUAGACAACAACAUGCGUCCGUGUUUUCUACAUUGCACGCUCUGUAAUAUUUUGAAUGUUAUAGUAAUUUUUGCUUUUUAAAAUCUGUGAUUUAUGUGCAGUAGAAUGAUUUGUAAUUUAUGAUUAUUUCUUUUCAUAUUUUUAAUGAGCCAUUUGCUAAUAUUAUAUACACUUCUCCAUUUAUUAUAAUAAACACAUAUUCCAUUAUUGGAAUUAUUUCAGAAUGGGAAUCACAAGACUACAAAAACUAUUCUCCUGCAUAAGAAAGGUGAUAAUACCAGUAAAGAAAAUUAUCGUCCGAGAGCAAUUACGUCUUAUAUUUAGGGACACCUGUAUUUCGCUAAUACAUUUCGUGUCAAGGUAUUUA